UAAUUCGUAUACCAUGCAACUGACCUAUUUAAGGUGUACAAUCCAACAGUUUUUAGUAUAUUCGCAGAUGUUGCAACCACCACCACAGUCAAUUUUAGAACAUUUUAUUCACUUGAAAAGAAACUACCCCAUACCCUUUAGCUAUCACCCCCACCCCCAACCCCAUCGCCACUCCCAACCCUAAGCAACCACCAAUCUACUUUCUGUCUCUAUGGAUUCGCAUGUUCUGGACAUCUCAUACAAAUGAAAUCACACAGUAUGUGGCCUUUUGUGUCUGGCUUCUUUCACUCAGCAUAAUAUUUUCAAGGUUCAUCCACGUUGUAGCUUGUAUCAGUGCUUCAUUCCUUUUUAUGGAUGAAUAAUAUUCCAUUGUAUGGUUGGGCCACAUUUUGUUUAUCCAUUUGUCAGUUGAUGGACACUUGGGUUGUUUCGACUUUUUGGUGAUUGUGAACCGUGCUGCUAUGAGUGUGUGUGUGCAAGUCUCCUGGAUCUUAUCUUUGCACCUCCACCACUGAGGAGGGGGUGAGGGGUGGAGACCUAGUUCUCACAUAGACAAAUCCUGGGCAAAGAUCCCAGGGCCAGGUCCCCUUGGCCAGGCACCAGGGCUGGGCUCAUGUGAUCCUAUUGCUGCCCGCCCCAUUUCCAGAAGGACAGACAGUUGGGCAAAGACCAUGGCCUUCACCACGCAGGGCAGAUCUGGCAUGGAAGGGCUGCUCCUGGAGUCGCUCCUCUGUCUUUGGUCCUUGGGUAGUUGACCAGUGAGAAUCCUCUGCCGUGGAGGCCCAGAGGCUGAGCCAUUUCUCCACUGUCACACGGUGAGCUGGUCUGGACUCCAGCCCUGUCCUGGCCCCCAGGCCACCAGCCUGGCAGCCACGGAGAAGGUGGGUCCCACCUGGCGCUCCACCCCUCCCCAGGGAUCUCCAGGCUUGACAAGCCUACCCACCCCUAGGUGCUAAGAGUAAAUGCUUAUUCCCCCAGGAGAGCUUAAAAGAGAACUACACAGAAGGGCAAUGAUCAUCUCAAAAGAAUCACUUGGUCAAGCUUGGAAUUUAGACAUAAAUUACUAGUGGGGGCCUGGAGACCGCCUGAUAAUGCAAAGCAAGGCCAGCUUCAUAGGUGUGCAACCUGUACCCAGGGCCCUGCACUUGGUUUAACGCCCUGCUGUCUCUGUCUUGAAGUUCUGAGUAUUUUUUACAAAGGGCCCAUAUUUUCACUUUGAACUGGGCUCCGUGGUUUAUACAGCUGAUCCUGAUGCAGGGUGGAAAGUCAUCCUGAUUCAGAUGGUCGAACUCCAGUGAUGCAAACUUCUAUCGGGUGGAGCUCGAGAGCCUUCCAUUCAAGCAUGCGGGUUGACGGCUCAUCCUUGGAUGUGGAUGGGCACUCUGGGACUUAGCCGAUUUUCAAAUUCCCUUUGCCCUUGUGUAUUAGUUUCCUAGGCUGUCAUAAUAAAUCACUAUGAAUUGGGUGGCUUAAAACAACAGAAAUUUAUUUGCUUAUAGUUCUGGAGGCCAAAAGUCCAAAAUUAAGGCAUCAGUAGGGCCACACUCCCUCUGAAGGCCUCAGGGAGAAUCUGUUCCAUGCCUCUCUCUGAACUUCUGGGGUUUCCAGAAAUCCUUGGAUUUCCUUAGUUUGUACGUGCGUCAUUCCAAUCUUGGCCUCCUUUGUCACAUGACCUUCUCCCUGUGAGUCUGUCUCUGUCUCUUCUCCUCUUCUUAUAAGGGCACCAGUCGUUUCAAAUUUAAGGCCUGUCCUAAUGACCUCGCCUUAUCUUGAUUAUGUCUACAAUGACCCUAUUUCCAAAUAAGGUCACGUUCACAGGUAGUGGGGGUUAGGGCUUCAACAUAUCUUUUGGGAGGGGACAGAAUUCAACCCGUAAAACCCUGAUUCGUGAGCAUCCAUCAACUCUUCCCCUGAAGAAACCAGGAAGGAGCCGCCAAAGGGCUGUGAGACAGAACUCCUGCUCUCAGGCUGGCUCCUCUCUCUCCCUCGUCUAGGAAGACUCCUGCGCCCUUUCCCAUCCACGCCCCUGUCCAGCAGGUCUCUGGGUAAGGAGACUCAGAAGAAGGGUGGCAGGGGGUCUUGCCCUGUGGUGAGUGUCCCAGAAGGGCCCACGACACAUUGGGUAACUAUUGCACCUACCAGCUGCCCUUGGUGUUCUAGGGUUCAAAGCCCAGUUUCCUUCUAGAAACCUGUUUUCAAGCCCUAAGGAAGCUUCUACAGUUACUGAGUAAACCAUAGGGGUCAAAGAUCUGUCAAAUUAUUUCCUGGAUCAGAGUUUGUCUUUUUUUUUUUCCCCUUGCACUAGUCUUUGGUGCCCAAACUUUGAGUUUUGCAGCAAGUCACGUGGCUUCAAAUAGCUAUCAGGUCACCUUGGCACUGGUUUGGUGGGAUCUUCCCGCCCAGCCCCAUCCGGCCCAGCAGCCUGCAGAGAAAGUAGCCUUUGGCCAGCACAACACCUGGCCACAGAGGGGACACCAGAUUCCAUGCCACUGUGAGGAGUUCCUGCGGAAACAAGUGUGAGCUCCCUCGGGGUCAGGCCCCCAGUCAUGGCGGAACUGUGCCGCAGGGACUCCACGCUGACAGCCCUGGGCGAGGAGAUGCUGUGGGAGAUGAUGGAGAGCCACCGUUACAAGAUUGUGCACAGCAUCUGCCCCAGUCGCCUCACCCCCUACCUGCGCCAGGCGAAGGUGCUGGGCCAGCUGGACGAGGAGGAGGUGCUGCACAGCCCCAGGUUCACCAACACCGCCAUGAGAGCCGGGCACUUGCUGGACUUGCUGAGGACUCGAGGGAAGAACGGGGCCAUCGCCUUCCUGGAGAGCCUGAAGUUCCACAACCCUGACGUCUACACCCUUGUCACCGGGCUGCAGCCUGACGUGGACUUCAACAACUUCAGUGGGCUCAUGGAGACGUCCAAGCUGACUGAGUGCCUGGCGGGGGCCAUCAGCAGCCUGCAGGAGGAGCUGAGCCAGGAGAAGGGGCAGAAGGAGGCACUGCUGCAGCAGUGCCGGCGGCUGCAGGAGCGCCUGGGCCAGGCCGAGGACCGCACCGAGAGCCUGUGCCAGCUGGAGGCCGACCACAGACGCAUGAAGCGCGAGGUCAGCGCCCACUUCCACGAGGUGCUGAAGCUGAAGGACGAGAUGCUCAGCCUCUCGCUGCACUACAGCAACGCACUGCGGGAGAAGGAGCUGGCCGCCACGCGCUGCCGCAGCCUGCAGGAGGAGCUGUAUCUGAUGAAGCAAGAGCUGCAGCGAGAGAAGGCGUCUUCUUCCUGUGAGCGCGAGUUUCAAGAGUGGUCCCUGAAGAUGGCCAGCAUCCUGGAGCCUGGAGACGAGGAGCUAAACCGCCUGAAGGAGGAGAAUGAGCAACUCCGGUCACUGACUUUCAGCCUAGCGGAGAAGGACAUUCUGGAGCAGAACCUUGACGAGGCCCUGGAGAGCAAGCAGGAGCUGGUGGACCGUAUCCACUCUCUGAGGGAGCGGGCUGUGGCCGCCGAGAGGCAGCAAAAGCAGUACUGGGAAGAGAAGGAGCAGACCCUGCUCCAGUUCCAGAAAACUAAGGUGGACUGUGAGAUCUACAAGGAGAAGAUGAAUGCCCUGCAGAGCCAGGUGGUCGAGCUGCAGAAGGAGCGGGACCAGGCCUACUCUGCGAGAGAUGGAGCCCAGAUGGAGAUUUCUCAGAACCUGACCGAGAAGGACGCGCUCCGCAGGAAAGUGUUUGAGCUGACAGACGAAGUCUGCGAACUGCGCCAACAGCUCCGCAGGCAGCAGACGGAGUCACUGCUGGGGCCCAGGCAGGAAGCGGGGGCCGGGGAGCCCUGUCCGAGGGGGAAACAGCGGCUGGUGCGCAUGUUUGCCAUCUACCCGCCGGACGACAGCGACUGCAGCUGCCUCAGCUCCACUGAGGUAUGGCCGGUGCCUCCUCCACUGCUGGGGUCGGACCAGGCGCACCCUCGUCUACUGGGACAGAAGGAAGCCUGGCACACAGUCUGGUCUGACUUGAGCGCCACGUCCAGCCGCGAGCUGGUGGACAGCUUCCGCUCCAGCAGCCCGGUGCCUCCCAGCCAGCAGUCCCUGUACAAGCGGGCCACGGAGAACUUCUGGGAAGACCCCCAGUCUUUCAGCGACUUCCCGGAAACCCUGGAGAAAGACCGAGACGCCACCCCGGGAGCUAGGACGGGCAACGCAGACCUGGAUUAUGGGAUUGUAGACAGGGCAAAUCUUCCUGAGUCGGAGAGCAGCCUGCAGCCGUUCUCUGGGGGCCUCUACAUCUCGGCCAGCAACGCCCCAGUGCGGCGGAGGCCGGCCCGCAAGAUCCUGAGCCAGGUCACGGUGCUGGCCUUCCAGGGAGAUGCGUUGCUGGAGCAGAUAAGCAUCAUCGGCGGGAACCUCACGGGUAUCUUCAUUCACGGGGUCACCCCAGGUUCGGCGGCAGACGAGAUGGCCUUGCGCCCAGGAACCCAGAUUGUGAUGGUGGAUUAUGAAGCAACGGAGCCCUCGUUCAAGGCCAUCCUGGAGGGCACGACCCUGGAGCAGGCCGUUGGACUUCUCCGGAGGGUGAACGGCUUCUGCUGCCUGUCUGUGAAGGUCAACAUGGAGGGUUAUAAGAAGCUGGUCCAGGACCUAGAGGCCAAAGUGGCUACCUCGGGGGACUCCUUCUACAUUCGGGUCAACCUGGCCAUGGAGGGACGGGUGGAGGGGGAGCUGCAGGUGCAUUGCAAUGACAUCCUGCACGUCACUGACACCGUGUUCCAGGGCCGCGGCUGCUGGCACGCCCACCGCAUCAGCCCAUACAGCAUGAAGGGCACCGAGCACGGCACCAUCCCCAACUACUCACGGGCUCAGCAGCUGCUCAUCACACUCAUCCAGGACAUGGCUCAGCAGAGCACCAUCACCCGCAAGCAGUCUUCCAGGGUACCCCAGAAGUUGGUCCGCAUCGUCAGUGUGGACAGAACCAAGGCUGGCCCUCUGGGUUCAUCCUUUGAUGGGGCCCAGUCAGACCCCAGCAGGGUGGAAGAGCCCUCCCUCGUGCGCUUCUGGGUUGAGAGCUGCUUCACCCUGGUGCCCUACACCCUGGUGCACCCCCACAGGCCUGGCCGGCCCCGGCCCGUGCUCUUGGUGCCCAGGGUGGUCGGCAGGAUCCUGAGUGAGAAGCUGUGCCUCCUCCAGGGGUUUAAGAAAUGCCCAGCAGAGUACUUGAGCCAGGAAGAGUACGAUGCAUCCAGCCAGAGAGGGGAGAUCAUCCAGGAGAGGGAGGCAUCUGGCAGCCACUACUGGGUGACCUGCCGAGCAGUCGAGUCCCUCAUGGAAAAGAACACCCACGCCCUCCUGGACGUCCGGCUGGACAGUGUCUGUGCCCUGCACAGGAAGGAGAUCUUCCCCAUCAUCGUCCACGUCUCUGUCAAUGAGAAGGCGGCAAAGAAACUCAAGAAGGCCCUGCAGCGGCUCAGCACCUCGGAGGAGCAGCUCCUGGAGGCCAGCAGGCAGGAGGAGGGCGAGCUGGACAAAGUGCCCUGUCUGUACAGCAGCCUGGCCCCUGACAGCUGGAGCGACCUGGACACCCUGCUUGGCUGUGUCCGCUCAGCCAUCGCAGACGAGCAGAAGAAGGUUGUGUGGACAGAGCGGAGCCCCCGCUGACGCCCCUCGCAUCCCCUCCCGGGGCUGUGGGACCUUCUCGUCCCAGUUAAUACAGUCCUGUCCUUUCAGCUCAGGACCUCGCAGGCACAGCUUUGGGGGUGCUUACCACACAGGCCCAGCUCGCCGGCCAUCGGCUCUCCUCGCUCGUUGGGGUCUAACCUUGACCCCUCACCACAUGCAGAUCACAAACAGGCAUUCGCACCACCGCUCACUUUCUGUGUAAACUGUCUCCGUCCCUCACGGGGGCUUCGCACCGUCUGAAUCAGAGACCCCGAGAAUAUUUCUGUAGUGGGGGUGUCUCCUGCACCCUCCCCAGAGCCGGACGCCCCAGACGUCUCCAGAUAACCGCCGGUCUGAUCAGAAUCACUGCACUUUCCUUUUAUAUUUCAAUGUGUGAAAGGGCUCCUUCUAAACCUGCUGAGGCAGCAGACUGGUAGUCCUGUGUCCCCUAAGGUCACUGCCAUCACUGCCGCCCCUGCCCAGAGCAGAGGUACAACCUCACUUAUAAUGUAACCCUGGCUAACUUUUCUCAGCUUCUGACGGCUGAGAGAUGCCUCAGUAACUCUAGUGUAUAGAGACUGUGUGU